CCCCCCCAAGGAGCCGUCUUCCCGCCUUGCUUUGUCCUCAGUGGCGCCCCGCGCUGUCCCCCGCCCCCGCCCGCGGUUCGCUGCGAGGCGUCGUUUAGGCGUCAGGGCUGCACCGGGGUUUCUCCCGUCCUGUCCCGCGCAGCCGUCGGGCGAGGUCGGCUCCUGCCGGCCUCCGCUGUUGGGAUAGGUGCCCCCAGUGGUGCCUGACCUUUCUGCCUCCGUGGCCCAGAUCCGGUUGGUGGGUCCAAUCUGAUCAUGCCACUCGGGACUUGGAAAUCUGUGGGUGGGGGAAGCAGGAGCAGCUUAAUUGCCACUGCUCCCUGCUGUCACAUUUCCCAGCCCACCAGGCUGGGUUUGGCCCAGAGGCCAAGGGAGAGCACCCUGAAUUAUACUCUCCAGUGAUCCUGGAUGGCCCGUGGCUGGCGGCUGCCAUGGCAGGGUGCAGACUGGGUCGGGAUCCGCCUAGGAAAUCGGCGGUAACCAGAGAGCCCCAGCAGUGUGGGCACCCUGAGGGAAUUGUGCUAAAUAGUCCAGUUCCAAAGUGUCCCUCCAGCACACUGGUUUAACACUUGCACAGGAGGGCUUGGCUGGUAAAGAUAAAUCAGGCAUGUUGCUGUCUUGGUCAUAGGUGUAGAAAAAGGUACCUCCAGUGCAUGCAGUAGGUAGGUAGAGUGGGGAAGGGACUCUACUAUAUUCUGUGAAAGAGCUGUAGGUCAGUGGUUGAAGAGCCACUUGUGGCUCAGGAGCUAUGGUCUGAUUCUUUCUGCUCUAAUGGCUUCUUUACAGCAUAAGUUCUGCAGAAGGUUUUCCAAUGCUCUUAUAACUGCUUUGAAAUUCCUUGAAACUGCUUUUAUGUAACUUAAGACAUGUGAAUUUCUGCUUUGUUUUUCUCUAUUAAAACUGUAGUUGUCCCAGAGCUCUUGCUAAUGGAUCAUAUUCUGACAUUUAUCCAUGUUGACAUGGAAGGCCUAUAUGUUGCAAUACAUUUCCAGUACAACAUGUUUAAAAUGUUCUGUCUAUGUGUAUAGAAUUCAUCAGUUAUCAGCCAUUACUGUGAGCCAAAGGCUUUAGAAUUGUAGUUGAUACGUUCACGUUCAAUAGUGUGGUGGUGAGGGGAAAACUAAGGAGAGAGAGACAAAUCUGAGGUUACUUUUACCUUCCUUCAGUUAGACCCUACAGAAAAAUACCUAUGGAGAAUCAAAAUUCUUCUUAUAUGAGGAGUUUUGAAACGUUCUGCUACCUUCUGCUGUAAACCUAGGGAAACUUGCUCCUGAGUCACAAGUAGGAAAGGAGGGACAUCUUCACAGAAAAUGUACUGGCAGGAGGAAAAAUAUAUAUUCAAGUGGGAUGCAAGACCUUAUAUCUGUCAGAAAGAUUUGGUGACCUCAUCCCCAAACCCACCAAGAGACAAACAUUAAUGUCCCCAACUUUCUGUGGCCCUGUCUGACUCCUCUUCCCUUCCUCUAAACAAAACUUCAUACAGAGGUAAGAUGGGGAAUUUCUCUACAAAUUCCAAAGAAAUUCUCUGACUCAACUAGAUGGGGGUUGAGACAUAUCUCUAUUAGGAGCUGCUUGAGGAACAUUGCUGUUGUUUCCCCUUGUUCCUGAGCUGCAAGAGGAGUGACUGUGUACAGAUGACUCUGACUAAGAACUUGGACUUCCGCCGAAAGUGGGACAAAGAUGAAUAUGAGAAACUUGCAGAGAAGAGGCUCACAGAAGAGAGAGAGAAGAAAGAUGGCAAACCAGCCCAGCCUGUCAAAAGGGAGCUUUUGCGGCACCGAGACUAUAAGGUGGAUUUGGAAUCCAAGCUGGGGAAGACCAUUGUCAUCACCAAAACUACUCCUCAGUCGGAGAUGGGAGGAUAUUACUGCAAUGUAUGUGACUGUGUGGUAAAAGACUCUAUCAACUUCUUGGAUCACAUCAAUGGCAAAAAGCAUCAAAGGAAUCUGGGCAUGUCUAUGAGGGUGGAGCGCUCCACACUGGAUCAAGUGAAGAAACGCUUUGAAGUGAACAAGAAGAAGAUGGAGGAGAAGCAGAAGGAUUAUGACUUUGAGGAGAGGAUGAAGGAGCUUAGAGAGGAGGAGGAAAAAGCCAAAGCAUACAAGAAGGAAAAACAACGAGAAAAGAAGAGGAGGGCUGAGGAAGACUUGACAUUUGAAGAGGAUGAUGAAAUGGCAGCUGUGAUGGGUUUCUCUGGCUUUGGCUCAACCAAGAAAAGUCACUGAUCAGCCCUGGACUUUCCUCUUUCUUGAUACAGAUUUCUUUAUACCUAGGGGACUGUGGAAAAUUCUUUAAAGACUUGACAGAACUUGUACGUAAUUAUCCCAGUAGAAGCUGGCUGGAGCAGCUGAGAAAUGAUUCUACACUGAACCUGUGCUACAGAACAAGUUGUGCGCCUUUCGUUAGUGCCCCACUGCCUGCAGAGCCUGACUGGCAAACUUGUAAAUUUUAAAUAAAGAGACCUUUAAAUUAGUCUUUUCUCCAAAAAAUCCCCCUGUCACACUCUGUAGUAAAUUCUACAGAGUUGUCAUGGUAUUUGGCUUUGAUUCUUUUAAUCUAUUGUAUAGAGUCUGCAAGCUGAAUGUUUCUUCUGGAAACCCUAUGGCCUUUGGCCAUCUCAUUCUUUGUACUAGUUCUGGCUGCUUGUCACUUGGUGUUCUUUGGCCUUGUGCGUGCAGGAAAUAUUCUGCUGGGUACUUUUUUGUGCUAAUAAAUUAAUAAAACCCUGUACAGACAGUA